GCCGAGCCACUGGGGGGUUCGUCUGCUUCCUGCCACUGCCGAGUGCUGCCGCUUCUGCUGCGCCCUUCAGCGAAUUUAAUGGAUCUGCCGCGCCUCCGCUUAAUUGCCUUCCUUCUCUUCUCCCUCCUCCGCCAGUUAAUACCUAUUAUUCCUAAUACAACACAACCCUCUCUCUCUCUCUCUCUUCUUCUUCUUCUUCUUCUUCUUUGUCAUCUUCAUCUUCUUCCACUUCUUCAGAUCUGGAUGUGCCAUCAUCAUGUCGCUCCGCGGAUCCCUCACACGGCGGCCUUUCUUUUAUUUGAUCUGGAUUCAGAAAGAUGUGAUCUUUUCUUGAUAUUCUGUUCUUGAUCGUCGUUCCCUGUGUGGAAUUUCCGGUGAUAUUGGAUCUUGGGCGGUGGGGAGAGCGGGAGAUGAAUCCUCUGUGCUGCAUUGCGCCCGUGUCUCUGGAGCGGGGGGAUCGCGGAAACCCGUCGCCGGUGGUGGCGCUCAAGUCGGCGAAGCCCGCCCUUGGGGCCGAAAGUCCCACCAGGAACUCGUCCAGCAAGAGGCUGAUCCAGGCCCCAGCGAUCCUGCCCGACUCGGAUGCGGCCGCCGCGUGCCGCGAGGCGGCGGAGGAGUCGGCGGCGGUGGUGGAAGGUGGGGAUGGGAGGGGUGUGAACGGGGCCGUGGCGGGGGUUCUUUGGAAGUGGGUCAACUUCGGGAAGGGGUGGCGAUCCCGGUGGUUCGUGCUGCAGGACGGGGUGCUGUCUUAUUACAAGGUUCGCGGGCCGGAUAGGAUAUUGAUGGGGCCGGUGGCUUCUGAGGCCGGAGUGAGGGUCAUCGGGGAAGAGUCGCUCAGACGGGUGCGGAAGGAGCAGCAGUGGGGGAAUGUCGGGUUUGCGCGGCAGGGAGCCACGAAGCACUGGAAGCCAUUUGGGGAGGUACAUUUGAAGGUUUCUUCAAUUCGUACUAGCAAGUCAGAUGAUAAAAGGCUGUACAUAUUUACUGGAACUAAAACUCUACAUUUACGGUGUAAUUCUAGAGAAGAUCGAACCACAUGGAUUGAAGCUCUAUUUUCUGCUAAGGAGCAUUUUGCUCGUCUGCUGACAAGUAAUGAAUUUGAACCUAUGGUAGAAGUUACUGUCUCGACUGAGAAAUUACGAGAAAGAUUGCUGCUGGAACGAUUGAGUGAAGCAACAGUGAGAGAAUGUGAGUCUAUUAUGCUAUCUGAAAUAUCUGAACUGCAGAAUAAAUUAAAGUCUCUGCAACAAAAGCAUCUUAUUCUGCUUGACACAUUAAGUAAAUUGGAGACAGAGAAGGUUGAGCUGGAAACUACAGUAGUUGAUGAAACAAAGGAGCGUGAAGCGCAUCUUGGAUUGGUAAAUGGAAGAUUCAGUGACUUCUAUUCAGUCAUAUCGGAGGGGACUGCAACUGACUCAGAAGCAGACAAUGAAAGUCAGGGGGCAGAUGUGGAAACAGAUGAAGAUGAUGGAAUGUAUUUUGAUACUAGAGACUUCUUAUCUUCUGAGUUACUGAGAAGUGGUUCAUACCGUAGUCGGGAACUUAUGGGUAAUGGUGUUGCUGGGUCUACAUUUGGCAUUGAAUCCAGCUUUCCUGAUAGUACGCAAGAUAUUGGUCUAGGAGUCAGAACUUUGGAAUAUCCCUAUGUCAAACGGAGGAACAAAUUGCCUGAGCCCAAGGAAAAAGAAAAACCUGUUGGUUUGUGGUCAAUAAUCAAAGAGAAUAUUGGGAAGGAUCUUUCUGGAGUUUGUCUCCCUGUUUACUUCAAUGAGCCACUCUCUUCUUUGCAGAAAUGUUUUGAGGAUCUGGAAUAUUCGGACUUGGUUGAUCGAGCAUUAGAAUGGGGCAGGCAGGGAAACAGCCUAAUGAGGAUUCUUCACAUUGCCGCUUUUGCUGUAUCUGGAUAUGCUUCUACAGAAGGCCGACAGUGCAAACCCUUUAACCCUCUGCUUGGGGAAACUUAUGAAGCUGAUUUUCCAGAUAAGGGUCUUCGCUUCUUCUCUGAGAAGGUGAGUCACCACCCAAUGGUUGUUGCUUGUCACUGUGAAGGUAGAGGAUGGAAUUUCUGGGGUGAUUCCAAUUUAAAAGGAAAGUUUUGGGGUAGAUCCAUUCAGCUUGAUCCUAUUGGGAUUCUAACUCUUCAGUUUGAAGAUGGGGAGACAUUUCAGUGGAGUAAAGUCACUACUUCAAUAUAUAACAUAAUUAUUGGAAAAAUCUAUUGCGAUCAUUAUGGUACUAUGCGAAUAAAGGGCAGCGGCGACUAUUCCUGCAAGCUAAAGUUCAAAGAACAGUCCAUUAUUGACCGUAAUCCCCAUCAGGUGCAUGGUUUUGUUCAAGAUAAUAGAACUGGUAACAAGGUAGCAAUGUUGAUGGGGAAGUGGGAUGAGGCCAUCUAUUAUGUGCUAGGAGACCCAAGCACAAAGCCGAAGGGUUAUGAUCCGAUGUCAGAAGCAGUUCUUCUUUGGGAGCGAGAUAAGUCUGUAACUCAAACACGAUACAACCUCACACCAUUUGCCAUUUCAUUAAACGAGUUGAGACCAUCCUUGAUGGAAAAGUUGCCCCCAACCGACUCCCGCUUACGGCCUGAUCAGCGACAUUUAGAGAAUGGGGAAUACGAGCUGGCAAAUCUAGAGAAACUCAGGCUGGAACAAUUACAACGACAGGCAAGAAGGCUGCAGGAGAAGGGAUGGCAACCAAGGUGGUUCAAAAAAGACGGCGACGAUGACUGUUACCGGUACAUGGGUGGAUACUGGGAAGCAAGAGAGAGUGGAAACUGGGAAGGAAUUCCUGAUAUAUUUGGUCAGGGUGACACUCCGUUGGGUACGGAUUGAUUUUGUUUUUUAUCUCCCAUGUGCAUGCAUUACAAAAAUUUAGUAAUGCAGCGAUCUAUAAUUAGGAUGAUGCAUUUGUCUUUAUCAAGCAUGGCGAUGUUUGAGAUCAAGAUUUCUCUAUGACUGGUUCAUGUUAAGAAAAACUCAUCUUGUUCCUUGGUGAUAUUAGUCGGUCCAAGAUCAAGACACUACAAGAGAAGCUUCUUCGAUCUCGCAACUUUAGGUAAUGUCAUUCCAUCCAAGAUCCAACUAUGUUUGUUACAUCCUCAAA